CACGUUGUGGGGAACGUCACGAGGGCGUGACAUGUGGUCACCCUCGUGACCACCCCCAUGUCACAUGGCUACGCGUCCUUGCACUGGGACACACUUGCUUUCAGACCGCUACUAUGGAACCUUCAUACCGCAUCGUUCCACCUUCACAAAUCAAAACUGCAUCCAUAAAUGAUACUGCAGGCAGCCUAGGCCUCCAUGACACUCUCCAGUAUGGAAUCCGUAGCAUUGCAACUGAGAUAAGAGGGGGCCAGUUCGAGAACCGUAUCGCAAAGUGGGAAGAGACGCAGGACAACGCGAGGCUACACAUGUUAGCCAAUCUCUACGGCCCCAGUGCACCUAUGAGGUUGCUUAUGGAACGCCAGAUUGUAUCCGCCAGCCCUCAUAUGCCCGGCAUGCCACAAUCAAACAUACAUCUCGACAUCCUGAUGGGUCGGGAUGAGACUCUAGACCCGACCGACUUCUUCCUCGGCUUGGAGAGCGGUCCACCGUUGAGCAUUCACAAUGAGAUGGAAAAGAAACUCCGACUGUGAUCUUAAACUGUUGUAAUACCUGCUAUCCCGUAAUGUCACAACUUCAAUAACUUGCAA